GCUCGGCUCUGUGAUCGCAUCAGUAAAGAGUGCUCCUGCACUUUCUUCUACUUUACUAAAGGUUUGAGUUCCUUCUGCGUUGAACAGAUCAGCAGUUCGACCAUGUCUGGAAGUCCCGCCGUCGUAAUGCGUCUGGUGGCUUCAGCCUACUGUGUGGCCGAGAAAGCUGGAUCCAUUGUGAGGAAAGUGCUUCACAGCGGAGAACUUGGCAUUGUGGAAAAGACCGGAGCGAAUGAUCUGCAGACACUGGCGGACAGACUAGCACAGCAGAGCAUCUGUGCUUCGCUAUCCAAACGUUUCCCCAAAGUCACCAUCAUCGGAGAGGAGGACCUUCCAGCCGAGGAAGUAAAAGAAGAUCUCAUUGAAAACGGUCAGUUGGAGGAAAUCCUGCAGAUGAGCUGUCCAUCAGAGUAUCAGGAGCUGAAAGAAGAGGAGCUCGUGGUGUGGGUUGAUCCAGUGGAUGGCACCAAGGAGUAUACGGAAGGGCUCCUGGACAACGUGACGGUGCUCAUCGGCAUUGCGCACGGAGGCAAAGUUGUUGCUGGCGUCAUCAACCAGCCGUUCUACAACUACCAGCUGGGGCCGGGCGCCGCUUUAGGAAGGACGCUGUGGGGGAUGCCCGGACUGGGCGCCUUCGGGUUCAAGCUGCGGGAGGUUCCGGGUGACAGGCGGAUCGUCACCACCACUCGUUCCCAUAGCAACAAGGUGGUGACGGACUGCGUGGACGCCAUGGAGCCUCACGAAGUUGUGAGAGUGGGCGGCGCUGGAAACAAGAUAAUCCAGCUCAUUGAAGGAAAGGCUUCUGCGUAUGUCUUUGCCAGCCCUGGCUGCAAGAAGUGGGACACUUGUGGUCCUGAAGCCAUUCUGCAAGCUGUUGGAGGAAAACUGACCGACAUGCAUGGCAACGCUUAUCACUACGACGCAAACGUGAAGCACAUGAACUCCGCGGGGGUCCUGGCUACGCUGCGUAACCAUGACUACUACCUCCGCAGAGUCCCACAGUCGGUGCUGCAGGCCCUCAAGUCAGAUUGAAAUCUGGAGAUGCAGGAAAAAGACACAUCACCAUUUUCUCUACUUUUAACGAAGAUGCUUUAAACCUUUCUUUAUGUUAUUUAAAUUUAGUGCCAAACAGUCACUUCUGAGUCACACUGUACAGUUUGUAAUGCUCAGUGAUUCAGAAAUAAACUGAACAACCUACUUUUUUGAAACAAAGUCAUCCAAAUCUCAUAAUGUGGCAGCAUACCUGUUCCAACAUGAGGACUUCUAGAUUAAUCGUCUCCACCUUGCUGAGUUUUGAUGUCUUUUGCAGUGCGAUGACUGGCAGUGCAGCGAUGUUCAGUGUCAGAGGUCGACUGCUUUCUCAGAUUAAAGUGAAUAUAAAAGAUGAAAAUACUGAAGCACAGUUGAGACGCUGUCUUCUCUCACUUUUCACCGUGAAACUCUACUCUUCUCCUCACUGAUCAUAUCAAAGCAUCCUGCUGCACGCUGGAAUCGCGUCAGAACAAAAGAGGAGUCAUUCACACUGUUGCAUUGCAGAUUACUCUGAUUUAUUCCAUCAAUAAAAAUUCUUGAAUAACCACAGAUGCUCACUCGGUGAUGUGAUAAAUAGAAAAUGUGUACAACUGGUUAUGAAAAAGAAAAAGGCUCAAAACACUGAUCUAACGAAGAGCAUCAGGUGUACAUGAUGCCCUCCUGGAGUCGUAGCAUAGGUCGACUGUGUCCUUAUUAACUAGCCUUUGAAAAUACUUAGGUUUGCGCAUAGCAAGAUUUCGAGCAAUGAUUAUUGCACUUAGUCAAAAUCUUCAGAUUUUAUCGAGAUCUCCGCGUGGAGAGAAACAUUCUGGAGUCGCGGGGUGAUUUUCAACCGGUUAAAGUGACGUAGGAAUUCUUCUCAGUCGUUUUAUUCCACAGUUUGCCGACUCCGCUGCUCUGUUUGAUUACACACAUCACUGCCGCCUGUCGCAGGGCGGUGGGAAGAAUGAGGGAAUGAAAUGCUCGACUCUGUUCAAAUUACACAAACUCCAACCAACCACUGCUUUGAGGCUCAUUAAUAAACGCACCCAUGUGUACUUUUGGAACCCUGAAAAGUGAAAUACAACACUGCACCAUUUUACUCAACUAGUUCUUGGCUAGGACUAUAAACUGUACAUGAAGACAGACGACACCCGCUCUUCAACCUUACCAAACACCAGAUCAAAUAACCCCAUAUCCUGAUGAAGGUGACAUGAAAUGAAAGAAAUCACGUGUGGAUUAUGGAAAAGAGACGCACUUUGAUAUUUUAGUUCACACAAAGGGAUUUAUGACCAAUGCAUCAAACAGCCACCAGGGGGAGAAUCCAGAUAUCUGAGCUUCACUUCUACUUUCCCACUGAGGUUUGUGUGACUAAAACAAAGUGUUGUAUUAAGAUGUGGAGGCUGGGUUUGACCGAUUUGAACAGAGUCGGGUUUUCCUGUUGCUUCCCGUCGUUUUGGGAAGCAGCCGUUACUCAUUCAACAGGCGGCACGUGGACCAGGUGUAACGUAACAGAGCUGAUGUAGAAGUCAGACGGGAAAAACCUUGGACCUGUCGGUCGUGAUAAUCGGCAGGUUUUUUACUGGCCUGGAGAAAUCUCAUAUUUCAAGCGUGCAUGAAUUCACAAAACCACAAUGGAAAUAGUUAAUCUGAAGGCAAAGAAGCUUCCUCUCCAUUCCGCAACAGGUUGGUGUUAACAUCCCUGAAUGGGCUGAGACAGAAGACGCGAGCGCUUAGUAAAUACAGAUCAUGGCAUCAAA